ACAAUAUGCUCUUCACAAUCGUUCAAUAUAGCAUAGUGCUUGCCCUUUGUGGCGUGGCUAUAAUCUACCUCUUUGUGAUUGUCUUUUCGCACAGCCCGCGCGAGCCGUUCCCGAGCGAGCUCACGUACCUCACGGCAGACUCUGGUCCUAGAAAUCUCCCACUGGUGCUCACUGCGCCCGCGACGCUCAAGUUAUCUGUUGUCAUUCCGUGUUAUAACGAGACACAGCGCCUCGGGCCCAUGCUCGAGGAGGCCAUUGCCCACUUAGAGGCCCAUUACCGCUCUGAUUACGAGCUCAUUCUUGUUGACGAUGGCUCCAGCGAUGGAACCAUCGCUUACGCGCUCGAGUUUGCGAAAAACGUGGGCCUAGCCCCGAAUAUCUUGAAGUGUGUCAAGCUCGAGCGCAAUAGAGGUAAGGGCGGGGCAGUCAAACAUGGGUUAAUGCAUUGUAGCGGCAAAUAUGCGCUCUUUGCGGACGCGGAUGGUGCGUCCAAGUUCAGUGAUGUCGAUCGCUUGGUGGAAGCUGCAUACGUGACAGAGCCGGCAAUUGCGAUCGGUUCGCGCGCCCAUAUGGUCAACACCGACGCGGUGGUGAAGCGUUCCUUUGUGCGCAACUUCUUAAUGUACAGCUUGCACACAUUGGUGUACGUGUUUGGCAUCCGUGAGAUCAAGGACACACAGUGCGGCUUCAAGUUGUUCAACCGUGCGGCCGUCGCGAAGGUGUUGCCCAAUCUUCACACGGAGCGCUGGAUCUUUGACGUGGAGAUCUUGAUUCUCGCGCGCCGCUUGGCUGUUCCCAUCCGCGAAGUGGGGAUUUCCUGGCACGAGGUUGGGGGGUCCAAGGUGGACUUGGCGAGAGAUUCGAUCAACAUGGCGAUCGACUUGGUUGUGAUCAGAAUGGCGUACUUGUUGGGGGUAUACAAGGACAACAAGGGCGUAGACUUGAAGAAGCUAGAGUAGGUAAUAUUGAUAGACAUGUUCACAUAAUGGGGUUGUACACAUAGAAGGAGGGAAUUGAAAUACGCCAGGAUAUGAUCUGGGGAAGAGAUAUCUGUUUACCUGGGAUGUUGUAUUUACCAGAUCGGGUGCUUAGGCUCAAGGAAGCGCCGGUGGCGGUUACUCGGUCAAUAAGAAACUUGUUUUGUCAAAUCAUAGGUUUAGCGUUAGAGGGCGAAUAAAACACAAACGCUAUGGGCACCCCGUUCAUGC